UCCCCAAUUCGCACGCGGAGCUAAUCCUCUUCUAGGGUUCCGACGAAUCCCGAGCUCGGAGGCCGAUGGCGUCGUCGUCGUCGGCGGCGUCGGGGAAGUCGCGGCCGGAGUGCAUCAACUCGUCGAACCCGUUCCACGAGUGCUCCGACUACUGCCUCCGCAAGAUCGCCGAGGCCAAGGAGCGCAUCGAGGACGAGCAGCGGCCGCCGGUGGACCGCACCGUCCACCCCGACUGCAUCAACGCCUCCAACCCCUACCACGUCUGCUCCGAGUACUGCUUCAAGAGGAUCGCCGACGCCAAAUCAGGGUUGGAGCGUGCGGAGCAAGAACCGCCUUCUGCAGACGCUGGCAAAUCCGACGCUGCCCAAGCUGAGGGUGGUGGUGGUGAUGAUGAUGCGGAGCAGGAGGACGCCGGCUCAGACGACGGUUACCCGCAGAUGACAGAGAAGCAGAAGAAGCUAUUUGAGUUGCGGCUGAAGAUGAAUGAAGCUAGGAAGGCAAAUCAGCAAGCGAUGGUGGCAGAGAAGAAGAGGAUGGAGCCUCGCGCUGAGAGUAGAGGUGUUUCUAAACAAAAGUGGCUGGAAGACAGAAAAAAGAAGAUCGGAAAGCUUCUUGACUCAAAUGGCCUGGACAUGACAAAGUCUUACAUGCUCGAUACACAGGAGUCGGCCGAAGCAAAAUACAAGAAGUGGGAAAAGGAACCUGCACCAUAUGGUUGGGAUGUUUUCAACCAGAAGACCUUAUAUGAUGCAUACAAAAAGAGGACCAAGAACAUUGAGGUUGACAUGGAGGCAUACAACAAAGCAAAGGAAGCCGAUCCUGAAUUUUAUCGGGACGCUUCAAGUCUCCAAUAUGGGAAGGUGUCUAAGGUCCCGGAAGAAAACAUAGACAGGAUGGUUAAUGAGCUUAAGGAACGGGAUGAGAAACGGAAAGCAUUCAGCAGGAGGCGCAAGUUCCAUGAAGACAAGGACAUUGACUCGAUCAAUGACCGGAACGAACACUUCAACAAGAAGGUUGAGAGGGCAUUUGGCAAGUAUACUCUUGAGAUCAAGAACAAUCUUGAAAGGGGGACUGCCUUGCCAGAUUAGAAACUCUGCACACUCUGCUGGUAGAGAGUGGACAUGUUGUCUGUUUCCCCAGCUGUCUUUUGCUUGUAAGUUGUAACCUAUCAACAAUUUGCUUGGAAACUGUAACUGUAAGAAAGCCAACUCGGAUGUAAUGUCGUGAGAAUAUAGCAUAUUCGAGAAGUUGUGUAUCCAAAAUGAGCGGAAUCAUUAACUAUAGUGAUUUUGCAAUGUAUCCAAAUGAGCAUAAUCAUUAACUGUA